GCUCUCAACUUUGUCACAUAGAAUCAAAAGAAUUUAUCUACUUUGUCUUUUCGCUUUCUUGCUCUCGCUUUUGGCUCUCUCUUUCUUUCUUGAAAUUCAAUUUUCUUUCCUUCAAUGGAGACUCCAUCAUCGACAAAAAGAGUCACAAGAUCUCAGACACUGCUUGCUCUCAGCAGCAGCAAUAUUCCAAUCUCAAGGAAGAUUGAAGACUCUGAAAAGGGAGUUUCAAAAUCAAGAAGAAGAAAUGGAAAUCAACAGCAACAACAAGAUAGAUCUGCACUUAUUGAUAUAACAAAUGAUUCACCAAUUGUUGGUCUUGCAGUGGGUAGUUUAGAGACUCCAUCAUCAGCCAUAGCCAAGCAAAGAAGCAACAGAUUUAAGAACAACAUUAAUACACCUGGCUCUGGAGAGGCAUUACUUAGAGGUCAAGUCAAGACUCUCUUGCAGAAAGUUGAGGAAGAAGCUGAUCUUUCCAAGAUUUCAUUACAGAACCGUCCCUUUCUUCAUCUUCAAGGUCUUGUCAGUUCUCCAAUGGGACUUCUUGCUCCCACUCCUGCUAAUACACCACUAGUCCCUAAUCUCAAUGAGGAUGGGAGUAUUAACAUUAAUGAUUGGGCUUCAUUUACCCCUUUGCCUGUAAUUGAAGAACAAUUGAAGAUUUGUCAGCAGGUGGUGAGUGAAAUCUUUGAAGGGAAAAAAAAGCAAGAGAGUCUUGAAACUCAAAAGAGUCUGACAAGAUCAUUACUACUUGAUUUCUCUGAGAAAUCUGAAGUCACUGAUGCUUCAUCAGAAUGCUCCUCUGCGAUAACAAGUAGUGACAGCAACGGAAAGUCAUCAUCAUCAUCACCAUUAAUAGAUGAUGAUAGUGCCUCUAAUUGGUCAAUUCAGGUGAAUGCAAGCAUCCAUGAUCAAGAUGAGGAAGAACAACUAAUUGAAGGAGAAGAAGAAGAAGAAGAAGAUUGCUACUAUCAUCCUGAUGACUAUGAAGAAGAGGCUGUUUAUGAUUAUGAUGAUGAAGAAUUGGUUGCCGAACUCUGUGAAGGGAUUGGCAAGAUAAGUGUAAAUGAGAGUGAUAGUAAGUGCAGAGGGAAGCAUACAAGAUUUGUGUACAACAGUGAUGAUGAGAUUGUUGAAGAGGAAGAAGUACUACACUUGAAGGGCUUGCCUACACCUACAGGGAAGCACCUGCGCUUUCCAAUGGAAGAAGAAGAAGAAAAUCGAAAUGAUGGUUUCUAAUUGGGUUGACUUGUUGCGUCUUUCUUUGACACCACAUAAGCUUUUGGGAGAUUUAAUUGUUCAUCAAUUUGUUAAGCAUUUUGGGAAUUGUUUUUUGUUUUUUUCAAACACUGAUUAUUAAGAUUGAAACAAAUGUUAAUUUCAGAUUAUUGACCACAAAUGCAAUUUGUGGAAUUACAAAUA